CCCUCCAUUGGCCUCUAGGCGGUGCGGUUUCCUUCGGCACUUUCUUUGUGUUUCCAUCUCUCGCCUCUUGCCCGUGAUCUCUUAUCAUAUACGGUGGGUGACAAUUUUUUUUUUUUUUAAACACGUUUUCUAUGAUGGCGGAGGACAGUGAAUCCGCGGCCAGUCAGCAGAGCCUGGAGCUGGACGACCAGGAUACUUGCGGGAUAGACGGGGACAACGAGGAGGAGAAUGAGCAUAUGCAAGGGAGUCCGGGGGGAGAUCUGGGGGCCAAAAGGAAGAAGAAGAAGCAGAAGAGGAAGAAAGAGAAACCCAGCUCGGGGGGAGCCAAAUCUGACUCAGCCUCUGACUCUCAGGAGAUAAAGAACCCUGGCCUGCCAAUUCAGAAGCUGCAGGACAUCCAAAGAGCAAUGGAGCUGCUGUCCUGCCAGGGUCCAGCAAAGAGUAUUGAUGACGCUGCCAAGCACAAGCACAAGUACCAGUUCUGGGACACCCAGCCUGUGCCGAAGCUAAACGAGGUGGUGACAAGUCACGGGCCCAUUGAAGCAGACAAAGAAAACAUUAGACAAGAGCCAUAUUCCUUACCUCAAGGGUUUAUGUGGGACACUUUGGAUCUCAGCAAUGCCGAUGUACUAAAGGAGUUGUACACAUUGUUAAAUGAAAACUAUGUGGAGGACGACGACAACAUGUUCCGAUUUGAUUAUUCCCCAAACUUUCUCAAAUGGGCUCUGCGUCCACCCGGCUGGUUACCACAGUGGCAUUGUGGAGUGCGAGUGUCCUCAAAUAAGAAGCUUGUUGGUUUCAUCAGCGCCAUCCCUGCAGAUAUACGCAUCUUUGACACACUGAAGAGGAUGGUUGAAAUCAACUUCUUGUGUGUUCAUAAGAAGCUGCGCUCAAAGCGCGUUGCCCCAGUGCUAAUCAGAGAGAUCACACGGAGGGUGAACAUGGAAGGAAUAUUUCAGGCGGUGUACACGGCAGGAGUAGUGCUGCCUAAACCUGUGUCCACAUGCAGGUACUGGCAUCGUUCUUUGAACCCCAGAAAACUUGUGGAAGUAAAAUUCUCCCACCUUAGCAGGAACAUGACGCUGCAAAGGACCAUGAAACUCUACAGACUACCAGAUAGCACCAAGACUCCAGGUUUGCGGCCGAUGGAGAGGCGUGACAUCCGCCAGGUCACCGAACUGCUACAGAAAUUCCUGCAACGUUUCCAGCUUGCACCGUCUAUGGGAGAAGAGGAGGUGGCUCACUGGCUCUUGCCGCAGGACAACAUAAUUGAUACAUUUGUAGUAGAGGGUGCCGGCGGUGUACUCACAGAUUUCACUAGUUUCUACACUCUGCCCUCAACUGUGAUGCAUCACCCUCUCCAUAGGAGCCUGAAGGCCGCCUACUCUUUUUACACCGUUCAUACGCAAACCCCACUACUGGACUUAAUGAAUGAUGCACUGAUCCUGGCCAAGCUGAAAGGUUUUGAUGUUUUCAAUGCCUUGGAUCUAAUGGAGAAUAAGGUGUUCCUGGAGAAGCUCAAGUUUGGCAUAGGAGAUGGAAAUCUGCAGUAUUACCUCUACAACUGGAAAUGUCCCCCUAUGGACCCUGAUAAGGUUGGCCUUGUCCUUCAGUAGCAGGGCUCUUCGUGGCUGCUGCACAAACACUAAUCAAAUGGUCGUUAUCGACUUCUGGCUAUUCCUAACCUGGAAUACUGACACACAGGUAGCCCAAGCGAGACAAUGAGAACAACAACAACAACAACAACAUUAAAACCAACCUGGAGACGGUUCAAGAACAUUCUCAGAGAAAACUCUUAAAUCAUCAACAUCUUGAAUGUGAAGUCAUGCUAUGCCUGAGAUACUCGUACAGUAUAACGCUCCUGACAUGCACCCUCACAUUUACAUCAUACCAGUUGGACAUACAAGAGGAUGCCGUGACAUUGUGAGUUCUGUUUAGUUCUUCUUCGUCAGCAGACACCUCUGCUAGAAGGGCCUGGCAUGUCAUUAAAUUAACCGACUGUAAAUUAUUAAGAUCCCCACAACACCAAUCAAUGUUGUUGUGGCCCCACUGUAACUCCAGUAAAAGAGGGUCGUGGAGGCAUUUGAAGCGUUAUGGUUAGAUCUCUCUCUCAUAUCAUUGUGGUCAAAUAUUUCUCUGCUGGCUGUUUUGGGCCUCAGUAGAAUUUAGAAAUGUUAAGAACAUAUUUCUGUAAUAGCUGACUUGUAAAAACAUGUUUUCCCCUCAAGCAUUUACAGGUCACAAAGAAACACAAACACUGUCUAGGGACAGGAAAAAAAACAAUGUCUUCAUAGAAGGACUCAUCCAACUGGUGCAUUGAUAUACAUGUUUGUUUUCUUUCUUUUUUUUUAAAUUAAAAUUAUACGCUUACCUGUACAUUUAAAGCAAGAUCAUAUUUAUUCCUGUAGUGUGAGUUUGGGGCUUGGGAGGGCUGAUCCAAAGUAUUUUCCUCAUAGAUAGUGUAGAUGUCACUUCGUUUGUUCAGAUAACGUGGGUUUAACGUGUUUUUUUAUGAAGAAUGUAUUGCAUCAAUUAAGCACAAUUUUGGAGUUCCUUUAAAAUGCGAAAAGGUCUUAUUUCUUGUAAUGGUUCAUAUUUCAAAAUGGAUGAGUUGCGGUACAGCCUUGUUUUUUACAGUUUUCAUGUUAUAAAAUAGUUUCUGGAGUAGGUUUUGAUAGAACAUCUGCACCACAUGUUUGGUUCUGUUCACUGAGGUACUCCUGCAGCUCAGGGUUAUGUGAAUGGUGGUGUGUUCAGUAAUGAUGUUAAAUAGGCAAAAAGGAUCUGCUGAUAAAAGGACAGAGGGCUACAAGCCGGGAUGACAACAACAAAUACCAAUUCAACUAUAACAAGGCUGUAUCAUUUAAAAAAAUAAAAGUUCUCGUUUAAGUCUUGUUUAAAGCAGCAAUGGUCAGUUAUCUUAAUUUAGGGAUUGCCCCUCCGAUAGAAACUAUUGCUUGUUACUUCUUUGCAAAGCAGGUGCCCUUAAGCAGACCUUCCCUCCCCUGCAGUAGAAUGUUUAACGUGUUGUUAGUGAAACUCUCAGUCAAAUAAAACAAAGACAAUUUGAGUUUACUAUUCAAAGUGUCGAUGUGGUCAUUUAACAGCGUGUCCACACAGCCCCUGAAUAAAUCCGUAUCAGUAACUGCAUACAUUUGAAAUUUGAGCUUUUCCUGUUUGAGGUCCAUUUUGUUUUUUUUAUUGACUUAUCUGGAUUUUGUUUUUUAAGCGUACUGUAUUUGUGUCUGAAAUAUAUACUGUGGGUCUUUUGUCGUAGUGCUAAACUAAAACAUUUUAGCGGUCCUAAUAUUUGUUUUACUUUGCCAAAUGUUUAAAGACAUAAGUCAACUUCUUUCCAGUAUUUCCCCAAAUUUUCCAGUUAAAUAACCGAUUUUUGAGGAUUUGGCUUAGUUGUCAUAUAUCAGUAAGAUGAAGAUCUGAAGAUGAAAAACUGUUGUCCCAUUGCUCAUUCUGUGCUGCUGUUGUACUCAAAGGUUCAAAUGCUUUUGAAAUGUCUUGCUCCCAAGUUUGUUACUUUGUGUCUGAUGCUCCUUUUCAUGUGGCUCCGCAUAACUCAAGAGGUAAAGGCUGCUGCCAUUUUUGUUGUACAUUUCCUGUGUGUGAUGUUAUUUCCCUCUUAUCCCUUUAUAUAAGGAAACAAAGGGUGACCAAUCUAGUCAUUGCUUUAGGGCUCAAAGAUUUUAUUUUUAUUUUUUUUUACCAUGGAAAGGGCAAAUGAGUUGCAUUGACAAAACCCAAUGUUACUGGCGUUAAUCUAACAAUGAAACUGGGUUAUUGAGUCAUUGGUGUGCCUCAUGGAUGUGUUGCCUGUAGCUGUUUGAAUGAACUUCUAGCAUGUCAGUUUUGCUACCGUGAUCAUUUCUAGCAUCGAUGUUACUAGCUACACCCUUGAGUGAGAACCCCAACUACCUGCCUUAUUUAAAAGUUUUUUUUAAUUAAGAUUUUGGGGUGAGAGGAGGGUUUACUUUUGAAACUACAGCUUUCUCUAACUGAACAAUAUUUUUAUUCAAAUCCAUUGCAAGCUGUGAAAAGGCAGAAGAACUUGUACCAGCAUCAUUUUGACAUGACCCCAUGCAAAUAACAAUCGGUUUCAACACACACGUCAGCUAUACCAGCAUGGAUAUUUGUUUGAAUAAACUCACUUUAAAAAGG